AUGGAGAUCUCCUCUCCCCUCCGUCGAACCACUACCAGCACCUCUGAAAACGACACUGAAGAUAACGCCGCUCUCACUGCCGUCUACUCGACCAGUGCCUCUACUACCUCCAGCUCUCGUCCUCCUCCCAGACUCAGUGGCCGGACUCCUUCAACCCAUUCCUUGUUGGCCGCUCAUAGGAAUCCCGAUGUCCGCAAAGGCGCCCAUGCUGAAACUACCAAGGCCUCCGCCGGCCGUUCUAGCAUAAGUAUGCCGCCUCCGAACACCAAGCCUAGCGUUGAUAGACGUCUGUCGACCUCGUUUUCUUCAAUUCGCUCCCUGAGGAAGUCCGAGGAAGUCGCCAGGAGCCCACCUGCGUCCGUCAAAAGCAUUGAAGGGGAUAGGACACCUUACAGCAGCUCUCCUCCGACCACUACAGCCCACGAUCCCACGGUGGUGACCACCACGUCUACUUCCCUUGCUCCAGGUCUGCCAGUGCUUUCGCCUCCUGCCUUCAAUCCAAGCAUUCCUAAUCAUUCGGAUCUAGUGUCAAAUAUGUCUUCUCAACUUGCGUCUGCAACAACAUCUGCUCCUAAAAGCGACACGGCUUUGCCUUCUUCGACUGCCGGCCAAUCUUCGGGAACCACUGGGAAGUCCGAUGGUGCAGAGACCGCGUUCCCUGCUCGCCCGCCCCGAGUGUCUAAGCCUCGUUCAUCCUCUGGUCGUCGCCUGAGUACCGCUGGAUCUUCCAGGAAUGAGAGCAUUAACUCUGAGGACAAAACACCUUUAGGCAGAAUCGGCGUUUGUGCUCUUGAUGUCAAGGCCAGAAGUCGACCAAGUCGCCAGAUAUUAACCCGCCUUCAGGGAGAAGGAGAAUUUGAAGUUAUUGUUUUCGAUGUCGAGAACUGGCCCAUAUGCGACUAUCUUAUCUCAUUUUUCUCAGAUGGCUUCCCCCUCGACAAGGCGAUUGCAUAUGUCAAGCUACGGAAGCCGUUUGUCGUCAAUGACUUGUCCAUGCAAAAGGUUCUCUGGGACAGACGCUUGUGUCUCAAAAUCCUGGACCAAAUGCAGAUUCCCACUCCUAAGAGGAUAGAAGUCAACCGGGACGGUGGCCCAAGGCUGGAGUCGCCGGAGCUUGCUCAGCAUGUGAGAGCUAUGUCGGGUGUCGUUCUGGAAGGUCCGGAGGACGGUACCGGAGGUGGCACCCCAACUACAAAAUCCGUUGAGCUGCAGGAUGACGGAGACACUUUGGUCGUUGAUGGGAAACCAUUCAAAAAGCCUUUUGUCGAGAAGCCUGUCAAUGGGGAAGACCACAAUGUCAUCAUCUAUUUCCCCAAAAGCCAAGGCGGCGGCGCUCGACGACUUUUCCGCAAGAUUGGCAACAAAUCUUCCGAAUACGAUCCUGACCUGAUUGUCCCAAGGUGCAUGACAGAAACGAACAACAGCUACAUCUACGAGCAAUUCCUUAAGACCGAGAACGCGGAAGAUGUCAAAGCCUACACUGUUGGUCCGCAUUAUUGCCAUGCUGAGACGAGAAAAUCGCCAGUCGUGGAUGGUUUGGUCCGACGCAAUACACACGGUAAAGAGCUGAGAUAUGUCACGAAACUUAGCGAGGCGGAGAAAGAGAUGGCUUCCAAGGUGUCGCGUGCCUUUGGGCAACGCAUCUGCGGUUUCGACCUCUUGCGAACCGGCACGUCGAGCUAUAUCAUCGACGUCAAUGGGUGGAGUUUUGUCAAAGACAAUGAGGACUAUUACAACGAUUGCGCAAAGAUACUGAGAAAUAUCUUUCUGGCUGAGAAGUGGAAACGGGAGAAUGCCCUGGAAGAGGCGCAGGCCGAGAAUGGGGGAGAGGGCCCUCAGAGUCGUCAAGGCACAAGCCAUUCAGCUCGGUCGGCACUCAAGACAAUCCUCAAGUCCCCCAGUAUGACGAAAUUGUCUCAACAUUUGCCGCAUUCAUCGAGACACCAUCAUUCCGGCCUUGCUGGCUCUCCCAAGACUUCUUCUCUAACCACGCCAAUGAGUUCGCCACCGAGCAUUGAGAAGAGCACACAGGCGUUAAUUCCUCCGACCGUGGCUGAGACGGACAGCAUGCUUCCGUCCCCACUUCUUGUGCCCCCAGAUGCUGCCGAUUCUGCGACGAGUCCUGCGGCACCUGCCAAGGAAGAAGGGCCUGCAGCUCCUAUGCCCAGUUCUAAGCAUUCCUGGAAGCUCAAAGGCGUUGUCUCCGUCAUCAGGCAUGCCGACCGGACUCCAAAGCAAAAGCUGAAAUUCACAGCCCACUCACAAGUCUUUGCCGAUCUACUCAAGGGCCAUCACGAAGAGGUGCUCCUGAAAGGCGAAGCUGCAUUAGCAAGCGUGCAGGCGGCAAUCAAGGUUGCACUAAGAGACAAGCUCGAGGAUCCAGACAAACUACGCAACUUGCAGAAUGCAUUGUCAAGGAAAAUACACCAACCGGGCACCAAGGUGCAAAUCAAACCAAUGUUUCGCAAGAGGAAGCCGGAAGAGAUGCCUCCAGCCUCGGAUGACAUGGCCGGUAUAGACCCGCUUUCGACCACAGAAGCUGACCAGCACCUGCUUGAAGCGGUGAGCAACGAGGAGAGGAAGGGAUCUGUAUCCAGCGCAAAGGAAAUACGGCGGGUACAGACAAGAAGCGAUUCUAUAUCUGGCGCCACCUUCUCGCGUUUCUCGGCCGCGGAAAAUGAUCUCGUUCUGGACAAGCUGCAAUUGGUCAUGAAAUGGGGAGGGGAGCCUACGCAUUCGGCUAGAUACCAGGCGCAGGAUCUCGGCACCAAUAUGAGGGACGACUUCAAAUUGCUCAAUAAGGAAGUGCUCGAUGAUGUCCGGAUCUUCACGAGUUCUGAGAAGCGUGUCAAGACAAGUGCACAAAUAUGGGCCGCGGCUUUCCUAGACCGUCAAGAUCUGCCUGAAGAUUUCAUCCAGGUCAGGAAGGAUCUUCUGGACGAUUCCAAUGCAGCUAAAGAUGUGAUGGACAAGGUCAAGAAGAAGCUUAAGCAUCUCCUUCGGGAAGGAACUGUCCCGGACUCGUUUGCCUGGCCAAAAGACGCUGCAGAGCCAUAUAUGGUCAUGCAAACUGUGGUUGACCUACUCAAGUUUCAUCGACGGGUUAUGCGGCACAACUUCAAAAAGCUUUCAACCGGCGCUGUGGCUUCCCUCAGCGCGCUCAAUGGUUCUGGAGAUGGCAAAGAGGGAAAUGGGCAGAACAAAGAAACUAUUAGCGUCGCCUCUAUCCAGUCGCGAUGGUGCACCGGCGAAGACGCUGAACUUUUUAGAGAAAGGUGGGAGAAGCUCUUCUCGGAAUUCUGCGAUACCGAAAAGGCCGACCCGAGUAAGAUCUCUGAGUUGUAUGACACGAUGAAAUACGACGCCCUCCAUAACAAACAAUUCCUCGAGUGGGUAUUCACUCCCAGUCAAUCACUUUUGGAUGAAUUUGCCAAAGAGGAGGGUUUCUCGUCCAAUGCAUCUUCUGAGGCCGAAAAACCGGACGAGAUCUCACCACCCACCAAUGGCACACGCCACGAGAGCGUUGUCUCGUUCAGCGGAACGUCUGAGGCCAGGCAUAGUCUCGCCCAGAAGAUUGGAUUGAGACGACAGUCACUACUCAAACCCACCAUGCAGGCGGCUCCUCUAAUGUCAUGGGAACAAGGUGCUUCCUAUUUCAAAUUAUUCAGCGGAUCUGGCGACAGUCGGCCGAAGCAAGAUCAAAAGCUCGGUCGACUACGAGAACUGUACCGUUACAGCAAGAUCUUGUUUGAUUACAUUGGCCCGCAGGAAUACGGUAUCAGCGAUGAGGAGAAACUCGAGAUCGGACUUUUGACAUCAUUGCCCUUACUUCGCGAGAUCGUCGAUGAUCUAGAGGAACUACAGGCCUCCGGCGAUGCGAAGUCAUUCAUCUACUUCACCAAGGAAUCCCACAUCUACACUUUGCUCAAUUGCAUCAUGGAAGGCGGCAUUCACACCAAAAUCAAACGCUCCACAAUUCCGGAACUCGACUACCUCUCCCAAAUCUGCUUUGAAUUGUACGAAGCCAAAGACGCCGAGACCGCGGAAUCCACGUACUCGAUACGCAUCUCCAUCUCUCCUGGCUGCCACACGAUCGAUCCCCUGGACGUUUCCCUGGACUCUAAGCAUGCGAUUGGAAGCGCACCGCGGCGGUCGCUGACAAACCACCAGGAUUGGAAAGAGGUGAUUUCGACCUUGAAAGCGAAGUUCAACACAGUGCAACUCCCCAAGAGCUUCCUCGCGGUGAAUGUGAGUGAGAAGCAUGAAGAGGAAGCGCAACGACGGGCCAGUCUGUUGCAGAGCGAAGCGGCGAAGGAGAAGCAUGGACGUAGAGAUGGAGAUGACGAUGCUGCUGCCGCGAACGAUGCGGAUGGCGACGAGGUUGGAGAGGUACUCGAAAAUGCGAACGCGCAGGGCAAAGAACUAUCCUUGCAAUCGAGGUCCGGAGAGCGACAAUCGGUGCCUGUGCAAUUCUUGACUUCAGAGGACAAGGUGGAUGCAGACGCACGUCCUGGGAAGGAGGAGGAGGCAUUUGAGUGA